AUGUUGAUCAGUCAUUUUCUUGCAACUGCUCUUUGUAUUGUACUUGUAUGGGCUAAGUCCAUUCCCAGCAAGGACAUCAAGCCAAAUGUCUUCAUUUUAACUGAUAUCUCCAAUGAACCCGACGAUGCAGAGAGUCUAGUCCGGAUGUUACUGUACUCAAACGAAAUCAACGUUUCUGGAAUUGUUGCUACAACAUCAUACUGGCUCAAUGACACUAUACAUGACGAGGACAUUUAUCCAAUCUUGAAUGCAUAUGAGAAAGUGCACCCCAACCUGUUAAAGCAUUCUCCAAGUUAUCCACCCGCUUCUUACUUUCGCAAAAUAGUAAGUACUGGAUAUCCUGUUUACGGAUUGGCUGCAUUGAAGUAUGAAAAAAUUAGCACAGGAGCAUCAAAGUUGAUCGAGGCCGUAGACAAGACUUCGCCAGACGAAACUAUUUGGAUUUUAGUCUGGGGUGGUGCAGGAGUUUUGGCUGAAAGUUUGAACGAGAUUUCCAAGACGAGAUCCACAGAAGAGGUUGAAAAUUUCAUCAAAAAAUUGAGAGUGUACUCUAUUUCUGACCAGGAUGAUGCAGGGGUUUGGAUCAGGUAUAGAUAUCCUGCUAUAUUCUAUAUUUCGUCGUCUCAUGGUUUCAAUCAAUACUCACUAUCGACGUGGGUCGGCAUAUCAGGUGAGAGCUACAACAGGUUUGAGGAGGGUGGACCAGACUCAUCCUACGUCGCAAAGGACUGGUUGUCGAAGUACAUCAGGCAUGCUAGUCCUCUAGGAGAGGCCUAUCCGGAGUAUAUGUUUAUCAUGGAAGGGGACACACCUUCCCUCCUGCAUGUGUUGCCUAAUGGACUAAACGACCCAGAGUCACCAAAACAUGGAGGCUGGGGUGGAAGGUACGACCUGAUUGACAUAUCAGGUCAAAUAAAUCAUUACGCUGACGUGACCGAUGAUGUAUUGGGUAAAGAUGGUAAAUGGCACUGCAGCAAUAAAGCUACAAUCUGGAGAUGGCGAGACGCAUAUCAAAACGACUUUGCAGGUAGGAUGCAAUGGACAGUAAAAUCAUUCAACGAUGCGAAUCAUGCUCCGAUUGUGAUUGUCAACGGGUCGGACUCUGCCACUCCUCUGGAGCUUAAAGUAGAAGCUGGGACCACAGUGUAUUUGGAUGCCUCUGCAACGUAUGAUUUGGAUAAGAAGGACAAAUUGGAGUUCCGCUGGUUUCAUUACAGGGACGUGACAGCUACAAAUUCAAAUACCUUCAAAGAAGUGCCUGAAAUUGCUGUAUCAGGGAACACAACUAAAGUCGUUUCGUUCAAAGUCCCCGAGUUUGAGAAGGCCUGUAUCCACCAUUUUGGAAGAUACAAAGGAGCUGAUCAUUGCAAGUCUUAUCAUAUUAUAUUGGAGGUUACAGACUCUGGUAGUCCACCAAUGAGAGGUUACAAAAGAGUCAUCCUGCGUACUCAUCCUUCUUUUUCUGAUCAGAAGUCUCGUGAAGAGCCAGCAGGGCAUGACGAGCUAUGA